AUGGUGAGGGAAGCUUCGUCCGCUGCUGCUGCCCAAAAUGCGUCAGAGCGAAAGGAAGGUUCCCAAGGGAAUGGUGCUGCGGAUGGCUAUCACGGUUUUGAUCACGGGAACUAUCUAGGGGAGGGCGGGUUCGGCCGCAUCUACAGAGGGAGGCUGAAGGACGGGCAGGAGGUAGCAGUGAAGCGCCUCACCCGCCCACCCACCCCCUCAUCCCUUCCUCCCUCCUUUCUCCCUUUGCCCCCCAGUUUCGACCACGCCAACUACCUGGGAGAGGGCGGGUUCGGUCGCGUGUACAGAGGGAGGCUGAAGAACGGGCAGGAUGUGGCUGUGAAGCGCCUCACCCGCCUGCGCAUGACCGGCAGCGGGAGCACCCCCUCAGCUCACCCCCUUUUCCCUUCUUCCUUUCCCCACCCCUGCUCCAGUUUCGACCACGGAAACUAUCUACGGGAGGGAGGGUUCGGGCGCGUGUACCGGGGGCGGCUGAAGAACGGGCAGGAGGUGGCAGUGAAGCGGCUCACCCGCCUGCGAGUCACCUCCUCAUCCCCCCCUCCCCCCCCCCUUCCCCCUUUCUUCUUGAAUCUUCCCAGUUUUGAUCACGCCAAUUACCUAGGGGAGGGAGGGUUCGGGCGAGUAUACCGGGGGAGGCUGAAGAACGGGCAGGAGGUGGCAGUGAAGCGGCUCACCCGCCUGCGCAUGACAGGCAGCGGGCGCGCCAAGGGGGGAGGCGGAGGGGGCGGGCAGGGCGAGCGCGAGUUUGUGGUGGAGGUGGAGAUGCUCAGCCGCCUGCACCACCGGAAUCUGGUCAAGCUGAUUGGCUACUGCGCCUCCCACCACCACCAGCUGCUGUGCUACGAGCUUGUUCCCAAUGGGAGCCUGGAGGCCUGGCUGCAUGGCUCCUUCUCCAAGGAGAUCGUGCUGGAUUGGGCAACGCGCAUGAGGGUGGCGGAUUUCGGGCUGGCGAAACCUGCACCGGAGGGACCCGAGGGAUACAUCUCAACCCGAGUCAUGGGCACGUUCGGCUACGUCGCUCCAGAGUAUGCAAUGACGGGUCACCUGGUGGUUGCAUCAGACGUGUACAGCUAUGGCGUGGCGCUUUUAGAGCCGCUCACAGGGAGGAAGCCCGUCGACAUGAGCCAGCCCUUGCCCCACUCUCACCGCCUCUUCCACUCCUGCCCCUGCCCCUCCCCAUUCCUCCCAGGUAUCUAUGUGGCCCCAGAAUACGCAAUGACGGGGCAUCUCGUGGUAGCCAGUGACGUGUACAGCUAUGGCGUGGUGCUUCUGGAGCUGCUCACAGGGAGGAAGCCCGUCGACAUGAGCCAACCCCCUGGAGAUGAGAACUUAGUCACGUGGGCGCGACCUCGCUUGGGGAAUGCUGGAAGACUAGACGAGCUUUUGGACCCCAAGAUUGCUUCCCAGGUGUCACUUAGUGAUCUGGAGCAAGCAGCAGCCGUGGCACAGGCGUGUGUGGCUGCUGAGCCGACAGACCGACCCCCCAUGGGCGAGGUGGUUCAGUCAUUGAAGAGACUAGAGGCCCUGGCAGGUGUAUGGCAGGCAGCUGAACCGACAGACUGCCCCCCCAUGGGGGAGGUGGUGCAGCUGUUGAAGAGACUCGAGGCUUUGUGCACAAACCUCCUCUUUCCCUUCAAAUCUCCUCCCUCCACUGUCUCCCCUCUCUCUCUUCCUCCCCGCUCUCCCUCCCCGCUCUCCAUUCUCACAGCAUGA